AUGGUAGUGGCAGUGCCCCUUCUGAACGUCAGGUCCAGCAGCAGGAGACCAGGCACAGCAGCAGGAGGAGAACCAGGCACAGCAGCAGGAGACCAGGCACAGCAGCAGCAGGAGAACCAGGCACAGCAGCAGGAGGAGAACCAGGCACAGCAGCAGCAGGAGAACCAGCCACAGCAGCAGGAGGAGAACCAGGCACAGCAGCAGCAGGAGAACCAGGCACAGCAGCAGGAGGAGAACCAGGCAAAACAGCAGGAGGAGACGAGGCACAGCAGCAGGAGGAGAACCAGGCAAAACAGCAGGAGGAGAACCAGGCUCAACAGUAGGAGGAGAACCAGGCACAACAGCAGGAGGAGAACCAGGCAAAACAGCAGGAGGAGAACCAGGCACAACAGCAGCAGGAGAACCAGGCACAGCAGCAGGAGGAGAACCAGGCAAAACAGCAGCAGGAGAACCAGGCACAGCAGCAGGAGGAGAACCAGGCAAAACAGCAGGAGGAGACGAGGCACAGCAGCAGGAGGAGAACCAGGCGCAACAGCAGCAGGAGAACCAGGCACAACAGCAGCAGGAGACCAGGCACAGCAGCAGGAGGAGAACCAGGGGCAACAGCAGCAGGAGGAGAACCAGGCGCAACAGCAGCAGGAGAACCAGGCACAGCAGCAGGAGGAGAACCAGGCUCAACAGUAG